AUGGCUCCAUCGAUUGAAGUCGCUACCCCAACGCCCGUCCCCAAUGUCGAGGCGAAGCUCGACUCUCAGAAAGCUGCUGCUUCCUCUGGGUAUAUCCGCGAGCCUCUCAAGUACUCCGGCUCGCUGGACGAGUACAAGAGCUUCGACGUGACUCCUGUGAUUGGAAAGGAAUUUCCCGAACUCCAGCUCACGGAUAUCCUCAAUGAUGACCAGAAGCUCCGCGAUCUGGCUAUCACCGUGUCUCGUCGCGGUGUCGUCUUCUUCCGCAAUCAGAGCAUCAACUCUGAUGAGCAGAAAAUUCUUGGUCAGAAGCUGGGCGAGCUGACCGGUAAGCCUGAGACUUCAAAGCUUCACCGACACGCUGUCAACAAUGCUGGAAGGCAGAUCACCGUCAAUGAGCAUGGAAAGCUCGACGAUGAGAUCUCGGUCAUUUCUUCCGAGACUAACCGUAAAUAUUACGGUGACAGAUUCGUUAACAACUCUGGUCAUCUUGCCAGCGAGGGAUGGCAUGCCGAUAUCACGUUUGAGAGGGUUCCCUCGGACUACGCCAUUCUCAAGAUCACACACUCUCCCGAGGAUCAGACCGGUGGCGACACUCUGUGGGCGUCCGGAUACGAGGUGUAUGACAGGCUCUCGCCUCCUAUUCAGGCGCUCGCGGAUACUUUGACCGCUGUUCAUCACCAGCCGUCCUUCAACAACAUCGCUAAGCAGCACGGUAUCGAGCUCAUUGAGGGAGACCGCGGAGCUCCAGAGAACACGGGAUAUGACUUCAAGGCGAGCCACCCUCUUGUUCGCACAAAUCCAGUCACCGGCUGGAAGAGUCUCUUCGGUGCCGCGGGUCAAGUCGACAACGGCUGGAUUGAAGGUGUCACGAAGCGCGAGAGCGAGAUUUUGAAGAAAUAUUUCCGUCAACUCAUUUCCGAGAACCACGACCUCCAAGUACGAUUGAAGUGGAACACGAAUGAUCUUGCGAUCUGGGACAAUCGCUCCGUCUUCCACACCGCAACAAAUGACUAUGACGGCAAGCGUCAAGGUAAUCGAGUGGUCUCGCUGGGAGAGAUUCCCUACUAUGACCCGGCUUCGAAGUCAAGGCGUGAGGCGUUGGCUGCAGAGGCGUAA